AUGAUUAUGUGGUUAAAAAUUUUAGAAAUUGAUAAACAUGGAAAAAAAGAUAUAAGUUAUUAUGUACAUGAAAAAAAAUUUAAGUUUGGCAUAAAUAAAACAGAAAAAAAUUAUGAUGUAAAUUUGAAUUUUGAUAAAACAGGGGGAGGUGAAGUUGAAAUAUUCAAAAAAGAAGAAAAAGUUUUUUUAAAAAAAAGUGAAAUGGAAUUUUUUAAAAUAAAUAACAGUCAACAACAAGAGAAUUUAAUUGAGCUAAAAGAAAAUUGUUUUAUUUCAUUUUAUAAUUGUUAUUUUGAUAUUGAAAUUACAAAAAAAAAUAAAACAAAACAAAAAUCUAUCUAUCAAAAAGAUGAUGAUUUACCCAGGUCAAAAAAACUAAAAAAAGAAGAAAAAGAAGAGGUACCAAAAAAAAAUUAUUAUCUGCCUAUUGGAACUUUAAGAAAUUGUAAUAUAAAAAUAAAUAAUAAAUAA